AUGCAAACACCAAUCAACCUCGAAGUCAUCAAAUCGCUCCAAGUUGGAAAAGUCUAUAAAGGCCAUAAAAAAGAGGUAAACGGAUUGGAUUUCUAUCGGGAUGGAAAAUACUUGUUAUGCUCUUCCGAUGAUGAACACAUCACGUUUUUUGAUUGUACCGUAUUGAGUCCAGACAGCGAGCCACGAAAAGUCAUUCCCAGCAAAAAGUAUGGAUGUAAUCAAGUGAAAUUUACUCAUUCUUCCGAUGCUUGUAUUUAUGCUUCCGUCAAGAAGGAGGGAUCCAAUGAUGAUAUUCGAUAUUUAAAUAUUCAUACCGGAAGUUUUAUUAAAUAUUUCAAAGGACACACUAAGCCUGUUGUUUCUCUGAGCAUGUGUCCAAGUGAUGAUACAUUUGCAUCGACCUCGUUGGAUAAUACAAUGAGAGUGUGGGAUUUAAGACAACCGAAUGAAGUUUACAAGGCUCCUUUUACCGUUAAACCAUUAUGUACGUAUGAUCCUAGAGGGUUGGUACUUGCUGUUGCUACAAAUUCAGGUAUUGUCAAAUUAUAUGACAGAAGAAAGGUAGAUAGUGGAUCGUUUACUGAGUUUGUAAUUCCAUUCACUGGAGAAACUCCUGAAUAUUCACAAAUGAUGUUUUCACCAUCAGGAACACAUAUUGCAAUUUCAUCUUCAGACUCGAUAUUUCUAUUGGACUCAUUCAAUGGACAAGAAAUAUUCAGGAAAACGAAUGAUGAACUAGGUCUUUCAGACGAGGACAAGGCUUUCUAUUCCAAUAAUAAUUUACCUCUUCCUCAAGGCACAGGAAUUUCACAAUCAAGUUUUGCAUUUAGCCCCAAUAGUCAAUUUUUAUUUGUCGGCACAGAAGAUGGACGAUUAUUAACACUGGAAGGUCAAACAGGCAAACAAUGCCAUGCCUUCAAUAAUAUGAAAUUCAGACAUAGUGGCGAAGUGAGUGUUGCAUUCAAUCCUCAUUAUUGUUUGAUGGUUUCUGCAUGUCAAGCUGUUUGCUUUUGGGUCCCUCAAACUCAAUAA